AUGUAUCGAAGUGUGCGAGCCUUGUCGCGAGGCGCCAACUCGGCCGCCUCGCAGGUCGCUUCCACCUCCAACCUCAAGCUGCCCAGCGUCGCUCGCAGCCUUCACAGCCAGGCCGCAACCGCCUCGUUGCACCGCGCCAGCCUCGCAACUUCGGGCACCAAGAUCUUCCGUUCGCGAUUCUCCACAUCCGCCCUGCUCAAGGAACCCGCGCCCACCGCCGCCGCCAAGGCCGCCGUCGAGGACAUCCAGCCCGCCGCAACCGGCCUGCAAAAGUGGAGCAAGUACCUCCCCAAGGUGGAGCGCUCCGACGUCAAGAAGGUCCUCCUCGUCGGCUCCGGCGGUCUCUCCAUCGGUCAGGCCGGCGAGUUCGACUACUCCGGCUCCCAGGCCAUCAAGGCGCUCCGCGAGUCCGGCAUCGAGACCAUCCUGAUCAACCCCAACAUCGCAACCAUCCAGACCUCCCACCACCUCGCAAGUCAGAUCUACUUCCUCCCCAUCUCCCCCGAAUACGUCGCCUACGUCCUCGAAAAGGAGCGCCCCGACGGCGUCCUCCUCACCUUUGGCGGCCAGAGCGCCCUCAACGUCGGCGUCAAGCUCGACGAGAUGGGCGUCUUUGACCGCCUCGGCGUCAAGGUGCUCGGCUCCCAGGUCGACGUCCUCCGCAUGUGCGAGGACCGCGACCUCUUCGUCCAGGCGCUCGACCAGAUCAACAUCCCUGUCGCAAAGUCAGAGGCCGUCUCCACCGUCAACCAGGCGCUCAAGGCCGCCGCCGAGAUCGGCUACCCCGUCAUCGUCCGUGCCGCCUAUGCGCUCGGCGGUCUCGGCUCCGGCUUCGCCGACAACGAGGACGAGCUGCGCGACCUCUCCGCCCGCUCCCUCUCCCUCAGCCCCCAGAUCCUCGUCGAAAAGUCGCUCAAGGGCUGGAAGGAGUCCGAGUACGAGGUGCUGCGUGACCAGGAGGACAACGCCAUCAUCUGCUGCAACAUGGAGAACUUCGACCCGCUCGGCAUCCACACCGGCGACUCGAUCGUCGUCGCUCCCUCCCAGACCAUGUCCGACGACAACUACCACAUGCUCCGCUCCGCCGCCCUCAAGGUCAUCCGCCACCUCGGCAUCGUCGGCGAGUGCAACAUCCAGUACGCCCUCAGCCCGGACAGCCGCGAGUACCGCGUGAUCGAGGUGAACCCGCGUCUGUCGCGCUCGUCGGCGCUCGCCUCCAAGGCCACCGGCUACCCGCUCGCCUACACCGCCGCCAAGCUCGCGCUCGGCUACACGCUCCCCGAGCUGCCCAACGCCGUGACCAAGACCACCACGGCGUGCUUCGAGCCCGCGCUGGACUACGUCGUCACCAAGAUCCCCAAGUGGGACCUCAGCAAGUUCCAGCACGUCAACCGCGAGGUUGGCUCGAGCAUGAAGUCGGUCGGCGAGGUCAUGUCCGUCGGCCGCACCUUCGAGGAGUCGCUCCAGAAGGCCAUCCGUCAGGUCAACCCGGCCUACGACGGAUUCGACGCCUACAUUGCGCCCGAGGACCUCGACCAUGCGCUCUCGGUGCCCACCGACACGCGCCUCUUUGCCAUCGCCUACGCCAUGCUCGUCAAGAACUACGACGUGGAGAGGCUGCACGCGCUCACCAAGAUCGACCGCUUCUUCCUCUACAAGCUGCAGAACAUUGUCGACAUCAACCGCCAGCUCGAAGCGCUCGGCUCGCUCUCGGCCGUCGACAAGGAGCUCAUGAAGCUCGCCAAGCAGCGCGGCUUCUCGGACAAGCAGAUCGCCAAGCUGACCAACUCCAAGGAGCACGAGGUGCGCGCCCACCGCAAGGCGUUCGGCCUCACGCCGUUCGUCAAGCGCAUCGACACGGUCGCCGCCGAGUACCCGGCGCAGACCAACUACCUCUACACCACCUACAACGCCUCGACGCACGACGUCGAGUUCGACAACGACGGCACCAUGGUGCUCGGCUCGGGCGUGUACCGCAUCGGCUCGUCGGUCGAGUUCGACUGGUGUGCGGUGACGUGUGCGCGCAAGGUGCGCGACAUGGGCCACCGCACCAUCAUGGUCAACUACAACCCCGAGACCGUCUCGACCGACUUUGACGAGGCGGACCGCAUGUACUUUGAGGAGCUCGGCUUCGAGCGCGUCAUGGACAUCUACGAGCUCGAGGGUGCGCAGGGCGUGGUGGUGAGCGUGGGCGGUCAGCUGCCGCAGAACAUUGCGCUGCGCCUCAAGGAGACGGGCGUCAACGUGCUGGGCACGGACCCGCUCAUGAUCGACUCGGCCGAGGACAGGCACAAGUUCUCGCAGAUCCUCGACAACGUCGGCGUGGACCAGCCCGAGUGGACCGAGGCGACGAGCGUGGACAAGGCCAAGGAGUUUGCCAACCGUGUCGAGUACCCGGUGCUCGUGCGUCCGUCGUACGUGCUGUCCGGUGCGGCGAUGAACGUGAUUUGGGACGAGUCGACGCUCGAGCACCACCUCACGGCGGCGGCCGAGGUGAACACCGACUACCCCGUGGUCAUCUCCAAGUUCAUCGACAAUGCGCAGGAGAUCGACGUCGACGCCGUGGCGUACAAGGGCGAGCUGCUGGUGCACGCCGUGUCAGAGCACGUCGAGAAUGCAGGUGUGCACUCGGGCGAUGCGACGCUGGUGCUGCCGCCGUUCUCGCUGGACCCGAACGACCUGGCGCGUCUCAAGGUGAUUGCGCAAAAGGUGGCCAAGGCGUUCAACAUCAGCGGACCGUUCAACAUGCAGGUGAUCCGCAAGCCGCCUACGGAGGGCGAGACCGAGGCGCCGCUCAAGGUGAUCGAGUGCAACCUGCGUGCGUCGCGCUCGUUCCCGUUCGUGAGCAAGGUGCUGGGCGUCAACUUUAUCGACAUUGCGACGAGCGCGAUUGUGGGCAAGGACGUGCCGGAGCCGGUGGACCUCAUGGCUCAGGAGCGCGACUAUGUGGCGAUCAAGGUGCCGCAGUUCUCGUGGACGCGUCUGGCGGGUGCGGACCCGUACCUGGGCGUCGAGAUGGCGUCGACGGGCGAGGUGGCUUCGUUCGGCAAGGACCUGUACGAGGCUGCAUGGGCGAGUAUCGCAUCUCAGACUGCAUUCCGCGUUCCGCAGGCCAACACCGGUGUGCUGAUGGGCGGUGACAUCAGCAAGGAGCAGUUCCCUCGUAUCGCCAAGAAGCUCUUCGACCUGGGCUUCAAGCUGUACUGUUCGGAUGCCGAGGUGGAGGAGUACAUCAACAGUCUGGACGGUGUGCGUGCCAAGCGCAUCCGAUUCCCCGUCAAGGACAAGCGCAAGCUGCGCGAGGUAUUCGACGAGCACGAGAUCAACAUUGUGAUCAACCUGGCCAAGUUCCGCGGCCGCGAUUUGCUGGAUCAGGACUACGUGGCGCGUCGCAACGCGGUCGACUUUGGCAUUCCGCUGCUCAACGAGGCUCGCAGCGCCGAGCUGUUUGUGGAUGCGCUCAAGGCCAGGAUGCCACACGGCUGUCUGCGUGGCUACGAAGAGGGCAAGAUCCCAUCCGAGGUUCAGCCCUGGAAGUACUUUGUCAAGGAGGAAGCCGAGGCGCACAAGUGA